AUGGCCCAUAUGCACCAGCUCGCCCGACAGUGGAUCCAGUCUCGAACCAUUUACCCGGCCGGCCCGCUGGCGGAAACCACGAAGAGCCAUACCCUUUGUGGCGUCACAGCAGCAUCCCCUCUCUCUCUCUCUCUCUCUCUCUCUCUCCUCCCAAAUCGGCCGCUCCGUCUACCCCGAAGUUCGGUGGGAUCUCCACGCGAUCGACCUCUGUGGCGGCGCCAGGACGAGGAGGGCUCGACCCCCACACUGGCGAAGGCGAGUCGCGGGGGGACGGAUCGGAGCCCGAGAGGUCCAAUGGCGACCCCAUCCCCGCAAGCGUUGGCGCAGAUCAAGUCCGCCGCCAGGAAGCUCCCCGUGAAGCGCAGAACGCCCGAUCCCGCCGUGCCUCGGUCCUCCGGCGCCGCGACCGUCAAGACCGAGGGUGAGGGGGACGAGUUCGAGGACGAGGAAGAGGAGGAGGAGGAGGAGGAGGAAGGGGAGGGGAGGGUCGCCGGCGACGGGCCCCCGUUCAAGUUCCAGCGGAUAUGGUCGGAGUCGGACGAGAUCCGGUUCUUGCAGGGUCUGCUGGCCUGCAACACUCAGGGCAUGACCUUCCCCCGCGACCUCAAUCUCUACUUUGAUCGUUUCUCCGAGACGAUGAGUCAGCCCUACACCCGCUCUCAGCUCUCAGAGAAGCUCCGCCGCCUCCGGAAGAAGUUCCGAUCCCACUCUGUGCGCGUCUCACGCGGCCUCGACCCCUCGGGCCUCUCCCCUCACGACCGCGACCUCUUCCACCUCUCCACCCUCCUUUGGGAUCCCGCCUUCGCCGUCUCCUCCCCCUUCGGCUCCUCCACCGGUUCCGUCCCCGGCAACAAGCGCCGUCGGCAUAUCCCCGUCGGAAAGGCCAUGGUUGGUGCCCCUUCGAGCCCUCCUCGUCCUUCUGCCGUAGGUGCUGCUCCCUCUUCAUCUCCUCCCCUUGGCCCCCCCAAUGGGAAGCGUGCUGGAGAUUUAGGCAGCGGGUCAAGGGAGGAUCAUGAGUCCCCAUUGAACCUAGAGAAGCUCUUCGUUGAUGACCGCAGCGGGCUGGGGCAAAUGACGGCUAUGAUGGCCUUGGAUGUGUUUGAUAGUUGCCUCAGAGAUGUUAGGGCAACGCUUGUUCGCCGAGGUCUGCUUCACUCCGAUCAAAAUCUGAGAACUGGUGUUGAGCGCGAUCUGUCCAAGAGGUGGCGGGAGCAGCGCGUGGCCGAGUUGGAUGUGCUGGCGCGCCGCUUGCGCCUGACUCUCGGGCAAGCUGUCGAAGAGUGA